GCCGCGCUCCGUCCGGGGCCGGCAGCGAGCGCGGGGUUCGGCCGCUCCAAGUUCGGCGGUGCCGUGGCUCGGAGGCGCUUUGGAGGCGUUGAUUGCAUCGCUGGGUUCGGUUUGCAGCGGGUGUACGCUAAGGGAUACGGUGUUCUUCCUCAGUGGUACGGUUCUCGGUGCCGGUAGGGAUGAUAAAGAGGAUUUUUGAGGCCAUCGCAGCUGGUCUUCUGCCCGCCUUCCCCGCCCGCCCCAGAGCGCGGCAGCAGCGCAGCCCCCCCCGCACAGGCAGCCGAGGGGCGGCGGCCAUGACGCGUCUCUGCCGCGGCGCAGGCGCGAUCGCGACCUUGGCAGCGGCUCGGCCGGGACGCGCUCGAGCGUCCCGAGAUGGCGGCGCCAAGGGCGGGAGAAAGGAGCCGCGCGGCCCGUGCCCCGGACCGGCUGUUGGGCACCCCGAGGCCGCAGCGGCGGGAUUGUCCGUGAGCAGGGACGGAGAUGGACCCAGCCCAGCGCGUGGAAAUGGAUCUCUCCAGCUGAACGCUCAGGUGAAGCGAGCAGAGAGCGUGCCCAGCAUGAACCAGGCAGAGCAACACGGGAGCAGCAGGGAGAGGUGGCUUUGUCCUGGAGGUUCCAGGAGCUCGGGGUGGAUAUGUGAGCCUGCAGCUCCAGGCUGCCGCAGGACCCAAGGGCUGCACACACCCAGAGCGUACAGGUUCGCUCGUAUUGUGAUUUGCAAAUGGCACGGCAAAUGCCACGAGAGCAGCUGCGGAAGGUGGCUCAGAAGCAAUGACAAGAAUGUGCUGCAAAGUUGGGUCCAGCAGUCCAGCUUCCCGACACGCCAAUUCUGAAGCACUGAGCAGAGCCGAUCUCUGACAGCUGACACGGGAGCUCUGGUGAGGACAGUUGCUCCCCUGCCCUGGUGUGGGACCUGCUGAGCUGCCGUUCCUGUGGUGGGAGUGUUUCUCCUCUCAUCCAGGCAAGCCAGAGACCUCCUAGGGAAGGGGCAGCAGAGUGCAGCCGCCCAAGAAAGGAUUUUUUGCAGCUCAGCCAGAUGUUCUCCUGCCUCCCGCCAAGACCCUGAGAUGGAGCUGAGUUUGCAUUCCAAUUUAUUGGAACAGAGGCUCAUCAGAAGUUUCCUCAGCUAUCUGAGGCACAGAGCCCUGGAGCCGAGUAAGCCUGAGCUGCUGCAUGCUUGCUGUGAGCCUUGGGGACAGCGUGAAGACUGAAAUUGUAAGAAGAUGUGGAGGGAAACAGAGAAUCUGACGGGAGCAUCGAAUGCACAAGUGCACAAAUUUUGCUUGGAUUUAAACUCAGAAGUUGUAAGGAAUUUGGGAAUGAGAAGGGACAUUUCAGAAGGAGAAGAAGUUGUUGUUACAGUCCUGGCAUAAUCUUUUGUUCUAGCUAAUAAAGGAAGUUAGUUUAAAUUAAAAAAAAGAAAAAAAUGUGGGGUUUUUUUCUUCACUAUUAUAUUCAUUGGUGGUAUAUGGUGUGUUGUUUUAUUUCUUGGUAUUAUUAACUCUGUGUAAAUUGUUUUUGGAGUGAAGCUAACUUUCUGGAUGGGUUGGUUUGUAUUUGAGGUAGGAUUAAUUACAAUAGGUUUCUUUAAUAGAGUUCUGGUAGGUAUUACUUGGAUUUUGGUUUUGUUUGCUGUAUAUAUAAACAUACACAUUUGGUAGGGCCAGCUUGGCUGCUGGAGUUUAGCAAAUGACCUAAAUUGUUUUUUUGUUACAUCCUAUGAUCAGUUUUAGGCAGUGACUUUAUACUGCUUUUAGGAUUUUCUUAUGCAAUGGUGAGAAAAUAGGCAGGUCUGAUACUUGUUUGACUUUUUUUGUACUUAAUGUUUCAUGAAAUUCUGUAAGCCAAGCGAUCUACUGGUUAAACUAUA